AUGUCUUCUACUGGGAAAUGUGCUGGUUGUCAGAAUAAAAUAACUAAUCGACAGUUUAUGUGUUGUUGUUCAUGUAAACUAAAAUAUGAUUUGGACUGUGCCACGAUAAGUGAAAAAACUUUCAUUUCGUUGGACAAAGAACGUAAAGCUGUGUGGAUAUGUCAUGCAUGUAAAAAUCGUCAACCUAAGAGUGAUAACCAGAACACUCCCAUUCGCGGCAACACAAUGUACUCAGAAGGCUGUAUGGAGAAGGAGACAGAAGAAUUGGGAAGCAAUUUAAAUCUUAAAGUGCGCGCCAAGUCUAACAGGCGGGAGGUCAGCCCACUACCAGCAACUAUAGAGGAAAUCGGCGACUUGCUUGAUAAUAAAUUAUCGGACACAAUUUUUCGCAAAUUACGAUUAACUAUUCUGGAGGAUAUCAAGUCAAUAAUAUCUCAGGAGAUUAAUUUAGCCCUCAAUGAGUUCAAAAACGAGCUGACGCAAGCUACUGACUUUUUAGCUGCUGAACGGGCGGAUUUGAAAGUAAAGUUUGAACAAAAAGACAAAGAAAUUAAAGAUUUACUGACUCAGACUUUAAAACUUAAAAAAGAAGUUUAUACCCUCCAUGCUCGACUGUCUACAAUUGAAAAAAUCUCUAGACAAUAA